GGCGCGCUAAUGCGCAUGCACGGGGGUAGAGCCUCCGCCCUUUGGGGAGCUUGGAGAUGGCGGCAGCCGGGGAUCCUUCGCGGGAGCCGGCGGCCUCGGAGCCGCCGGCGGAGCUGCCUGCCUCGGUGCGGGCGAGCAUCGAGCGGAAGCGGCAGCGGGCGCUGAUGUUGCGCCAGGCCCGGCUGGCGGCCCGGCCCUACCCGGCGACGGCGGCUGGGGCUACCGGAGGUAUGGCUAAUGUAAAAGCAGCCCCAAAGAUCAUUGACACAGGAGGAGGCUUCAUUCUGGAAGAGGAAGAAGAAGAACAACAUACAAUUGGAAAAGUUGUCCAUCAACCAGGACCUGUUAUGGAAUUUGAUUAUGCAGUAUGUGAAGAAUGUGGUAAAGAAUUUAUGGAUUCUUACCUUAUGAGCCACUUUGAUCUGGCAACUUGUGAUAACUGCAGAGAUGCUGAUGAUAAACACAAGCUCAUAACUAAAACAGAAGCCAAACAAGAAUACCUUCUGAAAGACUGUGAUUUAGAAAAAAGAGAACCAGCUCUUAAAUUUAUUGUGAAGAAGAAUCCUCAUCAUUCACAAUGGGGUGAUAUGAAACUCUACUUAAAAUUACAGAUUGUGAAGAGGUCUCUUGAAGUUUGGGGUAGUCAGGAAGCAUUAGAAGAAGCAAAGGAAGCUCGACAGGAAAACCGAGAGAAAAUGAAACAGAAGAAGUUUGAUAAGAAAGUAAAAGAAUUACGGCGAGCAGUAAGAAGCAGCGUGUGGAGAAGGGAAACAGUUGCUCAUCAGCAUGAGUAUGGACCAGAAGAAAACCUGGAGGAUGACAUGUAUCGGAAGACUUGUACUGUGUGUGGCCAUGAGCUGACAUAUGAGAAGAUGUGACUAAUCAGCUGUCCUGGAGAUUAUGCUUGAAGAAAGGCAAGUCCAAACUAGUCCAACUCAAAUAGACUUGAGACUGUAAUUACUAAUUGUUCUCUAAGAAUUCAACAUAGAAAUGUUUAGUAUAUUAGUCAAGUGUUGAUUUUUUUUUUUUUUAACGUGGCAUGCUAAUUACUGAUUUAGUAAAAAUUUAUUCAGAACGGGUAGCAAGACCUUCCUGGGACCCCAGAAAAGCUUCCAGCUUGAUGUCAACAGAGCAACAAGGGGUCUAGGCAGCUCACAACGAUAUUAACUGCGUGGGCCAUAAAGAGCCGUUGCGCCCCAUGGCCCUAGGUUCAAAUUCCACUUUUUAGCUGUGGGCCUUGGGCAGGUUACUCCAUGGGCCUCUUUUUAUCUGCUGGGUGGGCACAAUCAUCUCUCAGAGGAUGGUUGGGAGGAUUAAAUAGGGUGAAUCUGGCAUGUGGCACAGAGUAGCCACUUGUUCAUGAGCACGUAUUCUAAUCAGGACAGUAUAGUUCUAGAUUUGUCUAGUUUCACGUAUGCUUCUCUUCACUCUUUCAUCACUUGAAGAUGACCCCAGUAUCCAGAGAACACUGACAGCCCAAUGUAUUCUACCCAGGUUGGCAAGUUCUUUCCUCAUUUUCAGGUAUAAUUACAGAUUAGUAAAUUAUACAACAAAUUACUAAAUACUUUCCAGGAAGAGCAAGCAAACUUAUUUUCAUAUGAACCACUGCCUGAAUUAUUCCUGGAAGGGAGAUUUAGAAUCAAGGAAAACAAAGCAUAUGUUCGUUCACUUUGACAAAGGAAAUGUUAAAUGGCACUGAUAGAAUAUUUAACGUUGAUUUUUUUGCAGAUACGGUAGUGACAUGCCAUUCUUUUGUAUUAGCUGCUUUAGGGGGGAAAGCAGCUACUGAAUGUUUUUGCUCUUAAUACUUUUUGAAAUUCAACUUCUAGUUUUUUUUUUUUAUAAACUUAGCUGCCAAACUGUACAGAGCAGGGUCACAUCAGUGAAUUCUUGUUAGAAGCAAUAUUACACAUGAAGAGAGGCUCCAAGAGAAAAAUUCCUCUAGACUUGGGAUCAAGCAGGUAUAACCAGUCAAACUGCAGUACACUGGGAUAGGGAGGGCUACAGGGCAGUAUAGGGUCAGUUACCAGAGCCUUAAAUGGUUAUCGUUUUGGCUUCUUGAGGACAGGAGCCAUGUCUAACUGACUACUGUUUGUGGGAAGGAGGAAUAGCAUAACCAAAAGAAUAUUUAGACAAGAACCUGGGUGUUAGUCCCUUUCCUGCUAGUAACUUGCCAUGCACCCUUAAUUCUGUGAAUAAUUGUUUUAAAUGGUAUGGUAUUUAAAAAUCCUAGGAAUUCCUAUCUCUUGAGUAGACUAUAUUCUGUAGCCACUAAAUGCAGGGUAAACAAAAGAGACUGGGUAACAAUAUGAAAAAUAUUAAUGCAUUCUAAAUUUAUGAUGUAAUAAGUUAAAAAUACCUGUGUUGUACACAGGCACAGGAAUACUACUUAGCAGUUGUGGGGUUGUUGAUAAAAAUUUUUCCUAAGGUUUAGUGAAGUCUUAAAAUGCUUACAGUUUGCAAUGUCAGAUAAUCCCUUAUGCUUAUUUUAUGUGCAUGCUUACCUCAGUUAAGCUUUAAGACUGUAUAGGAAACAAGCUCAAGAAUUAGUAAUUACUUGGACCAAGUUCUGUAGAAACAAAACCCAAACCUAUAUCUAAUUCCAAGUACAGUUUUAGCCAAUCUAGGUACUUCUAUUUCCACUUUACCAUGUACCUCACUAGUGGGCCUUGGACAAAUCUGUCUCUGAGACUAGAGGAGAUGACUAGAUAGCUCUCAGGUUCCCACAGCUGCCACCCAAUGGACAGCACUGGGGGAGACUUCAGAACGCUGGCUGGCUCUGUUUCACCCCCGGAGAUUGUGGUUUAAAUUAGAAUAUAACUGUAAAGAAUUUGGGUAGUGCUACUCUGAAUAACAUUAAUAAGUAAUGUCUUAAAAUAUUAAGAUACUUUGGAGAGAGAAUUCCAAAUGAGGGAAGUAGACGUUCAAUAAGAAACCACUGAUUUUCAAGUAGACUGAGAUGAUAAAUCAUGAAAUACCAAAGUUUAAAAAACAUUUUUAGUUUUAUUUCAGCCAUAUUAGGUUAUCCAUGAGCUGGGAGAAGCUAUGCUACUUGAUAGUAAACCCACUGGUUCUAUAUACUACUUUGUAAGCUGGACCUCUAGUGUUCACAUACCUCAAAUCACUUUUGUGCCUUAAGGAGGAAAAAAUGCCAGAAAAGUUGUAUCUGUCACAUAUAUAACACAUCCUAUGGUCAUCGUCACAUUGUCAGUCGGGAAUUUCUGCUCUGUGCGGGCAAUUAAAGGUAAUCAAUGCUUUAUUCUUCACUGUCCUCCUCCCCCUCCCCCUUUAGUAAGUGAAAGGAUGCUACAAGAAAGCAAGCAUUCAAACCAUCAAAAAAAUAAGACAAAUUAUUUUGAGCUAUUUUUAAAAAAUCUUGACGGGG